UUUGUCACUAGUUUGAUUUUGUGGAGGCGAGCGAGGCUACAUUUAUAUUGCUAUAAGCGUCUCUUUGUUUUUCCAGCUUUAAUGGCGUGAGACACUGUAUUUUUCUACGGUUCCAAAGUAACCGUACUCAAUCUUUGCAUGUCACACCAAACCCCUCUAAAACAAUUCCCAAAACCCAAAUGAGAUGAUUCUUUCUUCCUUCUAUUUCACUUUGUAAUUUAACACCUCAUCCCAACCCAACCCAGAUGAUUCAUAACUGGUAAUCUCUUCUGGGUUUUUAGUUUUUGCCUUUUUUCAAUCCGUUUCUUAUCUGCCUAUAUUGAUUCUUGGGUUGCUGCUUAUUCUCUUCUGUUUUUGUGUUGUGUUGUUUGUUUGUUUGUGUGUGUUUUUCUUGUUGUUUGAUUUCUCGUUUGGUGAGAAAACCAUGAAGGAAGAUGAAGAGUUUGAAAUGUUAUUGGAAGAAAUCCCUCAAGUAACAUCUCUUAAUCUUUAUAAUCAUCAUCAUCAUGUGCAUCAACGGCAUCAUGAUCAUCAUGAUGUUAAUGGUAAUGGUAAUGGUAUGUAUGGUGUACGUGAUUAUGAGACAUUGAGACAGUGUUGUGCUUCUCCUGUUAGUGGAUUCUCACUGCAGUCAGAUGGCUCAUCUUCUUCAAGUUUGUUCUCUAAUGGACAUUCUUUAUCUGAUAAUGGAUCACCACCUCCACCUGAUGUUAAACGUAAAUAUCAUUUGCCUAGUGAAACUUCUUAUCACCCAGACGGAUUGUCAUUGCAUUUGGAUUUGCCCAUUAGGAAGGACAGUGAGUGUUUGAUUGAUGAAAUGAAUCUUUGUAGAAAUCUUGGUAAAAUGUACCUUAGUAAUGAACAAAAUGAUUCUUUUAAAGAUAUCCCGUCAUACCAGAGUGGGCGUAGACUUGGUGAUUGUUUCUUGAGGGGUGGUAGUAAUCAAAUGAAUUCUGAGAAAUAUAUGGGAUUUCAGUCUCCAGUUUCAAGAACUGCUAGGGGGUUUGAUAGUGAUAUGAGUUCUGCAUUGUCGGGAUUGGAGCAAGAAUAUAGAAUGGGUAAUUUAUUGGGUUUGCAAAUGAUUCCUGGUCCAUCUGAUGCUUUGUUUUCUCAUCAAGAGUUAAAUGAGUCUAUGAGUUCUCAUUUUCAGAAAUUAGAGGAGCAGCCAAACAACUAUUCCCCAAGAGGGACUCCAACAUCAAAUUUGUGCAAUUCUUUUGGUAGACUUUCCAUGAAUGAUGCUUUAUUUUGUGCACAAAGAAAUGGAAUGCAUUGGAAUGAAGAAAGAGGUGCAUUGAAUUUUCUUAAUUCUCCUCAGUUGAGUCAUCCAAGGCCUCAUAUGAGUGUUGAAAAUAUUCUACAGUGUAGGAUGCCACAAUCUUAUGGAAGGACUAGAGCACCUUCAAACAUUGGAAUCCCACAAAGUGUUCUUGGGGCUUUUAGUAAAGAGGAUAGCUACAUAAUUCAAGGCAAUGGAUUAAAUUACCUAGUGAAUAAGGGACUCAUUCACUCAAGAGGUCAGAAUAACCGCAGCUUACAUGAGAUCGGUGUUGGCAGGCAUCUGGAAAGAAGUUCACAACUUAAUGGUCAGACCCAAAUGGCAGGCAUUCAUGGAAAUGCUCGAAUUGCCAAAUUUUGCUGCCCAUUUUCUCCGUUGUCAAAUUAUAACUCCUUGGUGGAAGCUCGGAGCCAUAUAUACUUUAUAGCAAAGGAUCAGCAUGGUUGUCGAUUCUUACAAAAGAUGUUUGAUGAGGGCUCCCAACAAGAUGUGCAAAUAAUAUUUGAUGAGAUCAUUGACCAUGUAGUUGAGCUUAUGAUGAACCCAUUUGGGAAUUACCUAAUGCAGAAGUUAUUGGAGGUGUGUAAUGAAGAACAGAGAAUGCAGAUUCUCCUCAAGCUUACUGAGGAACCUGGGGAACUUGUUAGAAUCUCUUUAAACACUUAUGGCACUCGUGUAGUUCAAAAGUUGAUUGAGACCCUCAAAACCAGAGAGCAGAUUUUGCUGGUUAUAUCAGCUCUUGAACCUGGGUUUCGUAAUCUCAUCAAGGACCUGAAUGGAAAUCAUGUAGUCCAGCGUUGCUUGCAAUGCUUUACUAAUGAAGAUAACUCGUUUAUUUUUGUGGCUGCUGCAAAAUAUUGUGUUGAAAUUGCAACUCAUCAACAUGGGUGCUGUGUUCUGCAACGGUGCAUAAGUCAUUCAAGUGGAGAAUAUCGUGAGAACUUAGUUGCAGAGAUUUCAGCAAAUGGACUUCGCCUAGCUGAAGAUGCAUUUGGAAACUAUGUUGUUCAGUUCAUCUUGGAAUUAGAAAUUCCAUCUGCUAUCAGAACUUUGAUUUCUGAAUUUGAAGGGAACUAUGUACACCUUUCGAUACAGAAGUUCAGCAGCCAUGUUGUUGAAAAAUGUCUUCACGUUUUUGAUGAUGAGAGUCGGUCAAGAAUCAUCCAUGAAUUGCUCUCUGCCUCUCCCUUUGAACAGUUGCUUCAAGACCCACACGCUAACUAUGUUAUUCAAACAGCUCUUCGUGUUUCUGAGGGCUCCCUACACAAUUCACUUGUUGAAACAAUCGAGUCUCGUAAAGCAAUUUCACGCAACAGCCCAUAUUCAAAGAGGAUCUUUUCUCAGAAGCUUUUGAAGAAGUGAUGUAGAUUCGCUCCAACCCCUCUGGGGAAAAAAAAAAAAAACACUGUUGUUGUUUAAUGUUAUCAAUGCCAUGCUUUCUGCUACCAAUUAUAACCAUAAAAACUUUGAUGGUGACAACCAGAGUUUUUUGUGUUCUCAGGAAUGCAGUGAAGCCUCUUCUUCUUCCAUUGUCUCAGAAGAGUGUAAAAGAGAGCAAUUUUGCUCCCAAUUUCUUGCUUGGCAAUAUCUUAAUGUAUCAUUUUGUUGUCAAUAAUCAAGUUGUUGGGUAUUAUUAUCGUUACAAGUUUUGAAAUCUUCACUGUUUGAGACUGUACAGGGUAUAGAAUGUUAAAAUUGGGUUCUUGUUGCUGUAUUACACAGUACAGAAUUAUGUUUUUCUCAAUAAUGCUGCCAUCUUUUGUGUUGCA